GACCGUCAGGGCGGCGGGCCGAGCCGAGCGGGGCCGGGCCGGGCCGAGCCGAGCCGGGCGAUGUUGACCAAGUUCGAGACCAAGUCGGCGCGAGUGAAAGGGCUCAGCUUCCACCCCAAGCGGCCGUGGAUCCUCACGAGCUUGCACAAUGGCGUGAUCCAGCUGUGGGAUUAUCGGAUGUGCACCCUCAUCGAUAAAUUCGACGAGCACGAUGGACCGGUUCGAGGUAUUGACUUCCACAAACAACAACCUCUCUUUGUUUCUGGAGGUGAUGAUUACAAAAUAAAGGUCUGGAAUUACAAAUUGCGCCGUUGUCUUUUCACUCUGCUUGGGCACUUGGAUUACAUUCGCACUACUUUCUUCCACCACGAAUAUCCCUGGAUCUUGAGUGCUUCUGAUGAUCAGACAAUUCGUGUUUGGAAUUGGCAGUCCAGGACUUGUGUUUGUGUGCUGACAGGACACAACCACUAUGUGAUGUGUGCCCAGUUUCACCCCUCUGAGGACCUGGUAGUGUCAGCCAGCUUGGAUCAGACUGUGCGCGUUUGGGAUAUUUCUGGCCUAAGGAAGAAGAACCUGUCCCCUGGAGCUGUGGAGUCGGAUGUCAGGGGAAUAACUGGGGUGGAUUUGUUUGGGACAACAGAUGCAGUUGUGAAGCACGUUCUUGAGGGCCAUGAUCGUGGAGUGAACUGGGCUGCCUUUCACCCCACCAUGCCGCUUAUUGUAUCAGGAGCUGAUGAUCGACAAGUGAAGAUCUGGCGGAUGAAUGAAUCAAAGGCUUGGGAGGUUGACACUUGCCGUGGACAUUACAACAAUGUCUCGUGUGCCGUCUUUCACCCGCGACAGGAAUUGAUCCUCAGCAAUUCAGAAGACAAGAGCAUCCGUGUCUGGGAUAUGUCUAAACGCACGGGCGUCCAGACGUUUCGCCGUGAUCAUGAUCGCUUUUGGGUAUUGGCUGCUCAUCCCAACCUCAACCUCUUUGCUGCAGGCCAUGAUGGUGGCAUGAUUGUGUUCAAACUGGAGCGUGAGCGGCCUGCUUAUGCCGUGCAUGGGAACAUGCUGUAUUAUGUGAAGGACCGUUUCCUCCGCCAGCUUGAUUUCAACAGUUCCAAAGAUGUUGCUGUCAUGCAGCUGCGAAGUGGUUCCAAGUUCCCUGUGUUCAACAUGUCAUAUAACCCAGCUGAGAAUGCUGUCCUCCUCUGCACGAGAGCCAGCAACUUGGAGAACAGCACUUAUGACCUAUACACUAUUCCCAAGGAUGCAGACUCCCAGAACCCGGAUGCCCCUGAAGGGAAACGUUCCUCCGGGCUAACAGCUGUGUGGGUAGCUCGUAACCGCUUUGCAGUCCUGGAUCGCAUGCAUUCGAUCCUAAUCAAAAACCUGAAGAAUGAGAUCACCAAGAAGGUGCAGGUGCCGAACUGCGAUGAGAUUUUCUAUGCUGGCACAGGGAACCUGCUACUGAGAGAUGCAGACUCCAUCACCCUCUUUGACGUGCAGCAGAAGCGAACUCUGGCCUCGGUGAAGAUUUCCAAGGUGAAAUACGUCAUCUGGUCGGCUGACAUGUCCCACGUAGCUUUGCUGGCUAAGCACGCCAUCAUGAUCUGCAACAGAAAACUGGAGUCACUGUGUAAUAUCCAUGAAAAUAUCCGUGUCAAGAGUGGUGCCUGGGAUGAGAGUGGUGUUUUCAUCUAUACCACCAGCAACCACAUCAAAUACGCUGUCACCACUGGGGAUCAUGGCAUCAUCCGCACCUUGGAUCUACCUAUUUAUGUUACUCGUGUGAAGGGAAACAAUGUGUACUGCCUGGACAGAGAGUGCCGUCCCAGGGUCCUCACCAUUGAUCCUACAGAAUUCAAAUUCAAACUGGCAUUGAUCAACAGAAAAUAUGAUGAGGUGCUGCACAUGGUGAGGAAUGCUAAGCUUGUAGGCCAGUCCAUCAUUGCCUACCUGCAAAAAAAGGGCUAUCCUGAGGUGGCACUGCACUUUGUCAAGGAUGAGAAAACCCGGUUCAGCCUGGCACUGGAGUGUGGCAACAUUGAGAUUGCUCUGGAAGCAGCUAAGGCUCUGGAUGACAAGAAUUGCUGGGAGAAGCUGGGAGAAGUGGCAUUACUGCAGGGAAAUCACCAAAUUGUGGAGAUGUGCUACCAGCGCACCAAGAAUUUUGAUAAGCUCUCCUUCCUCUAUCUCAUCACUGGCAACCUGGAGAAGCUCCGGAAGAUGAUGAAGAUAGCUGAGAUCCGUAAAGAUAUGAGUGGCCACUACCAGAAUGCCUUGUAUCUCGGAGAUGUGUCAGAGAGGGUGAGGAUCCUGAAGAACUGUGGGCAAAAGUCCCUGGCCUAUCUCACAGCUGCAACUCAUGGUCUGGAUGAGGAAGCUGAAAGCCUGAAGGAAACAUUUGAUCCUGAAAAAGAAACAAUUCCAGACAUUGAUCGCAAUGCAAAACUACUGCAGCCUCCUGCCCCUAUCAUGCCUCUAGAUACCAACUGGCCACUGCUGACUGUCUCCAAGGGGUUCUUCGAAGGAACAAUUGCUAGCAAAGGCAAAGGGGGUGCUUUGGCUGCAGAUAUUGAUAUUGACACUGUUGGCACUGAAGGCUGGGGUGAAGAUGCAGAGUUGCAGCUGGAUGAAGAUGGUUUUGUGGAUGCUGGAGAAGGCUUUGGAGAAGAAGGCCUAGGUAAAGGGCAGGAAGAAGGAGGCGGAUGGGAAGUUGAGGAAGAUUUGGACCUUCCUCCUGAACUGGAUGUACCUGCUGGUCCAACAGGAGGAGCAGAGGAUGGAUUCUUUGUGCCACCCACCAAAGGCACCAGCCCUGCUCAGGUGUGGUGUAACAAUUCUCAGCUUCCUGUUGAUCACAUCCUGGCAGGCUCCUUUGAAACAGCAAUGAGACUCCUUCAUGACCAGGUAGGAGUCACAAACUUUGGUCCCUACAAGCAGCUGUUCCUGCAGACCUAUGCUCGUGGCCGUACGACCUACCAAGCCUUGCCUUGUCUCCCUGCUAUGUAUGGAUACCCGCAUCGCAACUGGAAGGAAGCUGGCUUGAAGAAUGCCCUCCCUGCUGUUGGACUGAAACUCAAUGACCUGAUCCAGCGCCUGCAGCUGUGCUACCAGCUCACUACAGCUGGCAAGUUUGAGGAGGCCGUGGAGAAGUUCCGCUCUAUCUUGCUCAGUGUGCCCUUGCUGGUGGUGGACAACAAGCAGGAAAUUGCUGAGGCCCAGCAGCUGAUAGCCAUUUGUCGGGAGUAUAUUGUAGGACUCUCAAUGGAGAUAGAGCGGAAAAAGCUGCCCAAAGAGACCCUGGAGCAGCAGAAGCGGAUCUGUGAGAUGGCUGCCUAUUUCACCCACUCCAACCUGCAGCCUGUCCACAUGAUCUUGGUGCUGCGCACUGCUCUCAACCUCUUUUUCAAACUCAAAAACUUCAAGACAGCUGCUACCUUUGCUCGUCGACUGCUGGAACUGGGUCCAAAGCCUGAGGUGGCGCAGCAGACCCGCAAGAUCUUGUCUGCAUGUGAGAAGAAUCCCACUGACACCUACCAGCUCAACUACGAUAUGCACAAUCCCUUUGACAUCUGUGCCGCCUCUUACCGGCCCAUAUAUCGUGGCAAACCUGUGGAGAAGUGUCCGCUCAGUGGAGCCUGCUAUUGUCCUGAGUUUCAGGGGCAGAUUUGCCGUGUCACGACAGUGACAGAGAUCGGCAAAGAUGUCAUCGGGCUGCGGAUCAGCCCACUCCAAUUCCGCUAGGGCCCUGCCCUGUCCUGGGGAGGUGAGAGGAUCAGAGGGGAACGGUCCCGUCUCACAGCAUUGUUGAAACUUUUACCUCCCAUCAUUCCAGCUCCUAGUCAAAUCUCUUCACUAUAGUUGUGCCUGUGCUGUUGUCAUACAUACUCUUCCCCUCCCAGGAAUGUUGUAAUAAGACUCUCCUCUGCUUUUGACUAAUUGCUACUAGAGAGUCUGUUUCCAGAUCCAGUUGAUGACGUUUCUAUGUACUAUUGCCUCAAAGCUACAGUUUCUCCUUCAAAAUCAAAUCUUUCCCAGAGGGCGUAAGGUGGCUUUUGCUCAGACCUGGGUACCAUACGAUGCACACUAUAGAAAAUACUUGAUAGGCAGUGACUGACUCUCACUCCUCUAGUGUUGAGACUCCUGAAAGAAGCUGGAGCAGCAGGAAGAGCUGACUCUGCUCUCAGUGGAGUGUGGCACUGUCUGGACCUGGGGCUAGCACAGGACCUGUCCCUACUCAGACAGCUCCAUUUCCUUUGGAAACGGUGGGAAAGCAGCUCAGAAUCUAACUGCUAUUGUUGACUUUUUUUUUUUUUUUUUUGCCGGAGUUUUUCAACACUAUCUACUUCUCCCUUGAAUAAAGUAAAUUGACCAUCUUGAUCCCCCUCUUCAGUAGCCCAGUUAGUCUUACUGAGAUAGAAUGGAUGUUGGAUUUCAUUUCCCCUUUACAUACUACUUUUCCAUCCCUCUUGAGCUCUUAAAACUACUAGCUUUGAGUUUUAAAGUUCCCAGAAAACAGAGACUAUAUUGCUGAAAUAACUUACUGUGUUGGCAAGGGGUGCUUCUGCUAAUUAUUAAUAUAUAAUUGCUCUUGCCAAUGCUCAAAUUAUUGUUACUUGUAACGCUCCUGUCUUCGUGUUUACCUUGUGUAGUUGUACUGUUCGGAAUUACUGUGCCCUUCCCCAUGGUAUUUAACAGACUGGAUGAUCUUCAAAGUCAGAUGCGUUGUAGUUUCCAGCAGUUACAAGGUUGAAAAAUGUAGGGUCAGGGGGAUUUUGAGGUAGGAAGGAGACCCAUGUUCUCAUAUCAGUGGGAAGAGAUCUUGGCUCCCUCAGGUAUCUGGACUGGUGGCAUAGUGCUUCCCCCUGACUUGUGCUGCAAAAAUAAAACCAUGCCUUGUGCUAGGA